GAAUGUGGAAACCCUCUAUAAUCCUCGCCCUCCUUGCGCUCCACUCAAACAAAUAUUCAAAGGCCCUUCCCUCCUCUCCCCCACUCCCUCCUCUCUCACUCUCUCUCAAACGUAACCACUCCUUUUCUCUCACAAUCACCCUCUCUGCCUUCACCUUCGAUUCGAUUCUAUUCUAUUGCCGACCAUGUCGCUGAGGCCGAGCGCCAGGACGGAGGUCCGGAGGAACAAGUACAAGGUGGCAGUGGACGCGGAGGAAGGGAGGAGGAGGAGAGAGGACAACAUGGUGGAGAUCCGGAAGAAUAAGAGAGAAGAGAACUUGCAGAAGAAACGACGUGAGGGACUGCAGGCCCAGCAGCAGCAACUCACCUCCUUCUCCAAUUCCGCCACUACCGAUAAGAAGUUGGAAAGUCUUCCAGUAAUGGUUGCAGGUGUUUGGUCAGAAGAUAGGAAUUCACAGCUUGAGGCAACCACUCAUUUUAGGAAGUUGCUCUCAAUAGAACGCAGUCCUCCAAUCAAUGAAGUUGUACAGUCUGGUGUUGUUCCUCGUUUCAUUCAGUUCCUUGCAAGAGAUGACUUUCCACAGCUUCAGUUUGAGGCAGCAUGGGCUCUCACAAAUAUUGCUUCUGGGACGUCAGAAAACACCAAGGUUGUAAUUGAUCAUGGGGCUGUGCCAAUAUUUGUUAAGCUUUUAAGUUCACCAACUGACGAUGUCAGGGAACAGGCUGUUUGGGCACUAGGAAACAUUGCUGGAGACUCACCCAAGUGUCGUGAUCUUGUCCUUGGCUGUGGGGCUUUGACGCCAUUGCUUGCACAGUUCAAUGAACAUGCAAAGCUUUCUAUGUUGAGAAAUGCAACCUGGACAUUGUCUAACUUCUGCAGGGGCAAGCCACAACCUUUAUUUGAGCAGACAAAGCCUGCUCUCCCAGCUCUUGAGCGUCUUAUACAUUCAAAUGAUGAGGAAGUCCUGACAGAUGCAUGCUGGGCACUGUCUUAUCUCUCAGAUGGAACCAAUGACAAAAUCCAAUCUGUUAUUGAGGCAGGUGUCUGCCCAAGGCUUGUUGAACUUUUGCUUCAUUCAUCUCCAACAGUGCUCAUUCCUGCAUUACGUACCGUUGGAAAUAUUGUCACUGGUGAUGACACGCAGACUCAGUGUAUAAUAAACCAUCAAGCUCUUCCAUGGCUUUUGAACCUCCUUAUCCAUAAUUAUAAGAAGAGCAUCAAGAAGGAAGCAUGCUGGACAAUCUCAAACAUCACAGCUGGAAAUGUAAAUCAAAUACAGGCCAUAAUUGAAGCUGGUAUAAUUGCACCCCUUGUUCAACUGCUUCAGAAUGCUGAAUUUGAGAUCAAGAAAGAGGCUGCUUGGGCAAUUUCAAAUGCUACUUCUGGCGGCAGCCAUGAGCAAAUAAAGUUCUUGGUGAACCAGGGGUGUAUCAAGCCAUUUUGUGAUCUCCUGAUCUGUCCUGACCCCAGAAUUGUCACAGUUUGCUUGGAAGGGCUUGAGAACAUUCUAAAGGUUGGGGAAGCUGAAAAAAAUUUAGGUAAUACUGGAGAAGCGAACCUGUAUGCCCAAAUGAUUGAUGAUGCAGAGGGAUUAGAAAAGAUUGAGAACCUUCAAAGUCAUGAUAACAAUGACAUAUAUGAGAAAGCAGUAAAGAUUCUUGAGACAUAUUGGCUAGAGGGGGAGGAGGAGGAUGAAGAACUGCAUCAGGGUGAUGCUCCCCCAACUGGAUAUAACUUUGGAGGAAGUGAAUUUACUGUUCCUUCUGGUGGAUUUAAAUUCAGUUAAGGAUAUUAAGUCUAUGUGGAAUGAAGCUGAGCGUCCAGGUUCAUGUUUUGGUUGGGUGGUGAUGAAGGCACUUGCCAUUGCAUCCUGUUUUGGUCCAUAUUCAAAUGGGAUUGAAUAACACAAGGGUGCAAUAAAAGAAUUUCUUCAAAUGGUUAAAGCUUCUCGCCGAUGACUACACAAACGAUAGUCCUUUUUCCUCUUUUUCCCUCAAAUCAUUUUUUCUUGUUCUAGUUUUUUUUACUCCUAGGUGGACAUGUAAGGCUGCCCAUCAUUCUCUACAAGCAUCUUCCUCAAUUUUUUUUUUUUUAAGUAGUUAGAGCAAUUAUUAAUAAAAAAGGUUUACAAAUGUUAAAUACUGUGCAUUCAGAUUGAGAUCUCGAGAUUUUGUCUUCCUGAUUAGAAAGGUGUAUCGAUUUUCUGGAGAUUAAUGUCAACAGGCAAUGAUUUUUCUGCUUCUUGAAUAAAAAUUUCUAUCAUUAAAUAUCAA